GAGACGAGGGACCUAGUGAGCAGCGAUUGAUCGCGGUGUCGUGUUAGGAAUCGACUUGUUAUUGAAUAUUAUUAUCUAAAUACUCCACGCGUCUAUCCACAAUGUUGCAGCGUUUUGUACAGAAUUUGAAUGUGGUAGCCGCCUCGCUAGUUCUGAUACUGUUUGGAACGCUUUGCAGCAGCUAUGCUAUCGAUUGCAAAGACCUCUGGGAUGAGGAAACCUUGAAGGAGUUGAUUGAGGAUGAAAAAAAGAACGAGGAAAAUUAUGAAACUGGCAAUUUUGAAUAUGGGGAAGAUUGGGGCGAAGUUAUCCACGAGGACGAAGAUCAGCCGUGCGAUUGUGAGGAUGAAGCGGACGGUGAAGACGAAGACGAAGAAGGCGAGCAUCACCAACACAAGUGUCACGAAACUGCAUCGAACCAUACACCAAAGAGCAACCAUGCGGAAGAACGUCGUAAGCGCCAACUAACGGAGGACAACGUCGAACCACGAGCAGCAUCUGUGCCAACCGAUGGAGAUCCAACGACCGAUCUGGAGGUCGCCGAAACGCACCUCUUCCGUCCGGUGUUCCGCUACAAAUCGCAGUACACGGAGAGGAGGCGAGUGCGGGACAACUUAGCACCUUCCCGGCAGUGAUACUCUAGCAAACAGUGUCGUGCGGGGUGUGUCGGUGACGUACUUUUAGUGCUCAUUUGUAAAUUCUACUUCAUUCGCCUCUUCGUUCUCAUCUUGCCACCGUCGCACGUGGAGUCGUGAACUUGUUCUAGUGUAAAAGGGAACAAACAAAGGGUAAGAAUAGGUUUACUUUGCACCAAACGGAGUAGCAUGUCCGGAAGCUGUUUCUCUGAACCCUACGAAAAUCACGCCUAUAUGUGAAAAAACAAGCAGUACCUGCAUCGUGUGCGGAACUGGCAGCGAGCGUGUUGGUGUACACUAGUUUUAGUCCACUUACGAUGCCGUAUUGAUCUGAGAGUGGACUUAAGAUAGUCAACUAGAUAGUUGCCCUAGUCAGUACUUAUGUUCCUUCUCCUUUUAUACCUUAUGUUACCGUGGAGAAAAUUUUUUUUUUUUCUGGCCAACGAUCAAUUCGAUUAAAACUCCGUCGUUUCCCACAUUGUAUUGUUGUGGCCCGAACUAGGGUCCAGACUUUAGGUUUAAAGUUGUACACGUUAAGUUAUAAGUAUUAUUCAGCAAAACGAGG